AUGGAGUCGUACAGAGUGACUGGCAUUCCUCACAGUGGACCACAGCGGGGCCACCCUCAGCCGGCUCGCCCCUCUAGGCCCCACAGUAAUGGAGCUGGAACAUACGGUCUCAGCAUCCGUGUUCAGGGUAUAGAUGGGCACCCAUAUGUAGUCCUCAACAAUCAAGACAGGGGCCAUCACUCCUAUGUGGACCCUAACAGUAAUGGCUACAUGGACUCAGAGGGAUCUUUUAUUGAGAACUACCAAGAGUAUGACUUCCGUGGAGGGAAAGAGGCUGGAUCCAACAGCCCGUUUAUGGAGUACAGGUCGCAGAAGAUGAUGAAUUACACUGGUCCUCAAAAUGGGGUCACAGAUUCACAGGGUAAGAGACAGUCCACCCUUCUGAACUUUCAGAAGCAUCCUGAGAUUCUCCAGCCUUAUGAUCCAGACACCAACUCCAUGAACCUCGAUGGUUUCCGCAGCCUGCCUUCAAGGUCUCCACCCCUGGCAGAGACUGACAACCAACAACCGAGUUCUUCAUUCAAAUCUGUCCCAGCACCAUCCCAGCCAAAGUCAUCCAGCUUGGACCGGGACAAAACUUCUGUGCAGCAAGAUAAAAGGAGACUUCCCUCUCAGAGAGUGAGUGAUGCAGCCCCCUCCAUGCCGAAGUCACAGUCUCUGCCUUCAGUCCAGCGUGCUCAGCCUCAGAGCAGGCCAAAAUCCCAAGGAGCUCAACCCCAGUCCAAACCUUAUCUUACCAACCCAAGUCCACCUCAGUCCAAACCAGGCACCAAAAUGGAGCCUCCAUCCCAGUCUUUGCCCUCCUCUGCGUCCACUCCCUCAACUGAACAGAGCAAGUCAUCAGGCAGAGCCCCCAGCUCCAUGAGCAGCGCCAACUCCAGUCUGGAGCGUACCCACCAUGAGCCUGACGUCCUUCCACUACGCAGGACAGACUCCAGCGGGCCAAUUCUUCAGCCCUCUUCUCGCUCCCGCCACUCCUCCUCAUCCUCUACCUCCAAGACUUUGUUAGAUGAACAGAUGGAGGCCCUCUAUGCUGACACUAUUAACCGCCACGAGAACCGCAGAUACAUCCCUUUCCAUGCUGGUUCAGGGAGAGACAUUGAUACAGGGUCCAUUCCUGGUGUGGACGAGCUUAUAGACAAGUUUGAUGCUAAAGAUGGAAGCCAGCAUCGCAGAGGCAGAGCAGGGCGCAGGAACAGAAUCAACCCUGAGGACAGGAAGCGCUCUCGCAGUGUGGACAGCGCCUUCAGCCAACGAGAGGACCAGAGCUUCUUAGACGAGUUUACUCCCCGUCGGGGAACAUCCAUGGAGCACGUCCUGCGGCCUUCACAGCUCCGGCAGCAGAAAUCAGCCGGUGGUCAGGACUCCUGGGUCUCUGCUGUUGACGGAAGGAGUGACUCCAGGGCUUCAUCUCGGGCCACCAGUGCACCUGGAUCCCCACAGAGCACCAUCUCUAAAGGUGUGGGCCUCAUACAGGGUUACAAAAAGCCACAGACAAGCUCCUCUUCUGUCCCAUUCAAAAGUAAAGAGAGUGAGGACAGCACCUCCUCAGCUGGAAAAACUUCGUCAUCAUCGCUGUCAACAUCACUAUCAAAGCCGUCCUCCACAGCAGACAAGAAGGCCAGCGCAGAAGCAGAUGUUCAGGUAAACAGACGGAGCUCAACGCCACUGUACCUUUUAAGUUGUAAUUUGAAAUUUCAGAGUGCAUUACUUCACUUUGAAGAUUGUGAAUUGUUUGGUCAUGUUAAAAUCAGAGCAUGUGACAGGUGAAAACAGCCCCCACCCCUUUUUUUUAAUAUCGCUCUAUUUUCAUUUAAAGUCUCUUUCUCUUCCUCAGGCGACACCUGAUCUCCUCAAAGGUCAACAGGAGCUUUCACAACAAACAAAUGAAGAGACAGCUAAACAAAUAUUGUUUAGUUAUUUGAAAGAAGGGUGAGUUAACUUCCAUUUUCUGCUCUUGUACAUGAACUUUUAAGCUUCAGUCAUUGUCUUCAUCCUUGCCGGGUAGUUGAAUCAUGAAAUCCAAAAACUUUUCUGUCCAAAGCCAAGAAGUUUUACAGUAACACAAUGCAUCACAGAGGAGGAGACUUCUCUGUGGAAGCGUAUAAAUGGUUUUUAUCAGAGUUGGACUGUUGGUGAUAAAAAGAAAGAAUGUGCUCUCCUUACCCUCCCAUGCAAGCUGUGAGUAAUCCAGCUGUCUGGAGUUUGUUUUCUUGCAGAAUCCCACUUUUCUCUCUGCUUUUUCUUUUCCACACUGUGUGAAAUGUGGAGAAGACUCUUUAUUUGCUUGUGUAAUCGGACGCCAAAGAGAAAGGCAUGUGGGGUUAAAAGGUUAAAUGAAGUUGAGAUUCUGAAGCCAGAUAUGAUUUUUAUUGCAGUCUUAAACAUCUCUUUGUUUGGAUGUAAAUUAAUAGUCAAGGGUUGUUUUGACAAAAGCGUAUGUAUUAAUAACAAAUGCCAGUUUACUCACUUUCUGCAGAUUUUAAACCAAGCUCUGGCGAUUUUGUGAGAAACAGAAACAGUUUGCAGAUUUUCUAUCAAUCUUCUACAGGCCUGUGGUAGUGCAGUGAGUGAACAGGAAACUGCUUGGGUGUGUCAGGCCACAGGUCAGGAGUCACAGGACAAAGUAAAGGAAACACAGAUGGAAGUGCUGGGGCUGAAACGGAGCCACAUUCUCAAAGCUCAAAAGACAAACAUUCACCAUCAGAGGUUAUAAAGGUUUAAUGGAAAUCAUCUGUAUGAACAGAGGAGAGGUUUGGGGGAGGAAGGGGUUGGCCUUUUGUCUCUAGGCUGUGAAAUUUAUUGAAAUAAUAUAUCACUGCUGUCAUGUGAAAGUGGUGUAACUCCACUUUUGUGGAUUCUGAUGUUUUCACUUGAGCUGAAGGAUUAAAAAAUGGUUCUGUGGGUUAAGAAAAUCCUCCCAUCUGUGGUGCUUUCAGAUGUCUUGCAUAAAAACCCCAAAUGCUCAGUGUUAACUCUGGGAACAAAGCUGCCUUUCUUCACUCUAGAAAAUAUGAUGUCUAUGAAAUUAUAAAAUAGAACUGAGCAGAACAAUACUUAGCUUGGUUUUCCUCAUGUGAGGUUUGAAAUGCAGGGUUCAAACUACAGUAUCUUCAGUAUUGGCAGAAUAUUUGGGUGUGGUUGGUUUUGUGACCAAGUGCAGUCAAUCCAAGCCUCAAAAUAAUUCUUUCUUUCUUUCAAUAUGACCAAAGAUGCUGCUUUAUUACACACAAGUAUUCUGUUGUGUUUCUUAUAUUCUCAGCACUUCUUCCUAUUAAGAAACCAAGAGAUGAAAUAAGACUGUGCAGCAAUCCCAUUACACUGCCCAUACGUUUGAUUCUUCCGCUCAUGUGCUUCAUAGUUUCGUGGACGGGUGUAAUGAAGCUGUUUGUGCCAGGAGGUGACACAUCAAAGCAGCAUGAUCCUUCCUGACCCUCUCUAAGCAGGGAUGAAUUACUCUGUUCUCAGAACAGUCUGGAAUUAAAUCCUGAUCCCCCCAAAUACUGAAACAAGUUAUUUUUUUCAACCUUUAUUUGCCGUUAUGCAUUCAUACAUAGUGCAUGUGUGUGUGUGUGUGUGUGUCAACAGAUGUAAUGACAGUGAUGAAACGACGAAGAGAAAGGUCAACCUUGUCUUUGAAAAGAUACAGACCUUGAAGACUCGGGCCACAGCGAGUGCUCAAGGGGACACCAAAGUAAGACAUUGUUACUGCUCAUGAAUACCAUAUCAAAAACCAAUCAAGAGAUAUAUAUUAUCUCUGCUGUUUGUAUCUGUUUUGUCAAAGUGCUCCGUCUACAUGAUUUGGUAUUGCAGUCCGAUUUGUAAUUUUAGUUCUGCUCUUUAGCUGUGGCUCAAAUGAAAGUUUAAACAUACCAAAAACUCUUUGUUCGUGUGCAUGUUUAGUUUGAACCUACAGGACAUAACCAACUCUAAAACUUGUUCCCUUGUCAGUCGCUGGACAUUUCUGCACAAACUAAAGCGCUGCAGGAGCAAAAUGCUGAACUGGAGAGAGAAAUGGCCGAAGUGAAGAGACAACUUGAGGUAAGGAGUUGGAUCAUAACCAUGCUCUAGAGACCGGUUCAUUUCUGUUGGCAUAUCAGCAGUGGACUGUUGGUUUAUUGCUGGACUUGUUUGUUGAGAAUAUCCUUGAAUAAAGGGUUUGGUUGAAAAUAGGUUUAAAGGAUUAGAGUGAAUUUAAAGAGACAUCACCAGGAGGAUGUAGAAUUAGUGAAGUACAACACAUGGGUGAAUUUUCAUGGAUAGAGUGAGAUGGAAAAAAGAGGCUUUUUUUUUCCUUAAAAAGACUUUGACGUCCCUUUUAUUCAGACAAUGCAAUAUUUUCAAAUUAAUGCAGUGACAACAUUAUGGUGAAAUUUGGUUUGAGGUUAAAAGCAAUGGAGAAUCCAUAACAUUGUGUUCUUAUAGACAGUAUUUCCAUUUUAAUUCUAUAUUCAGGUUUUAGGAUCUACUUUCAGACUAUACAAAACUUUGUCAACAGAGGCCACAUCUUUGUGUUUUUAUUUAAUGAUGAGUGUGCCUGAUCAUCUUUAUCUUCACACCAACGGCUGUUUGCAGUCUACUAUGAAAAGUCAACAGUGAUGUUUGUGUGUUUUUUUUCCCCUUCAGAAGAAUCAGGCUGAUAGGAGGACAGCAGCGGGUUUGAAGGAUCUGCAGCAGGAGCUGGAGCGAAGUUUAGAGGAGUGUAAGCGUUUGAAGGAGAAACUUGCCAAAACGGAGUCUGAGCUCCAGACCACCGUUGAGGAGUAAGUCCAGUGUGACACGUUGAGGAAAUGUUGAGCCACUGAUUGAUGUGUAGUCCUUGUUUUGUGUAAUUUAGUUUUUUAGUGUUUGAAUUGUCAACUGCAGUUAUAUUGAACUCUUUUACACUUGCUCACAGGAGCAGUGUAUCAGAGGAAGCGUGUCUGUGUUAAUACCUUUAUUGGGUCUUUUGAUAAUGAACACUUACAGUCAUUAGCCAUCAUCUGCUGACAUUCUCAAACACGGUCGUGUGUGUGUAUGUUGUUAAAACUCGAUAUGUUGAUAGUUACUGGAGUGGUUACUAUGCCAGUUCCUUGUGCCUCCUGUGGUUACUUGAACAGACAGCUCUGAAUAUUUAAGUGUACUCAGUGACUGAUUUACUAUUCUAUUACUAGUAUUGACUCUGAAAGCACUUGCUGUCUGUAUCUGAUCUGUUACUCACAUAGCUUCACACUUCCUUGGAGUUGAGCCCUUAUUGAUGUUACAUUUUUCUCUUUUUCUUUCACUUUCUUAAGUUUUGUUUCUCAGCUCAGCUAGUUUCUGUUAAGCUAUUUCCAAAUAUGACUUGGCUACUUCGACUCUUUUCUUUCUCUGAAGUCAGUUUGUUGAACUAUUGAAAAUAAGUCAAAGAGUGAAGUCUUUCAUCUCUGGGUCUAUUCUAUCAGAGGGUUGAGGUAUUCUGGCUCAGUCUACAUCUCUGAGUUCAUUUGUUUGAGGUGCCUCACAUCACUCAUCACCCUGCCACUCUGUGUUGUCAUGCAGAGACAGUUUAGACAUUAUUGGUUUGCCAGGUUCAGGUUUUCAUUUUAACCCCUGUGCUCUGUAGGCUGCACAUUCAGACCCAGCGCAGGUGCUGCCGUUUGUAUGUGUGAAUGAGGGUGCAGGUGUGUGGGGGUGUAUGUGUCUCUGUGUGUGAAAGUCUACUGUAUGUAGAGUGUCUUCACUGUGUUGUGACAUGAUGUGUGGUUUGUCAGGCUGUUCCAGGUGAAGAUGGAGAGGGAGCAGUACCAGACAGAAAUCAGAGACCUGCAGGAUCAGCUGUCAGAGAUGCAUGAUGAGCUCGACACAGCCAAGAAGUCAACCUCAGAUGGAGAGAAAGAUGUUAUGAUGGCGGUAAUGCACAGAUUAUUGUUCAAGAGGAGAAUACCAUUGAGACUAUAAAGUAAAAUAGCCAGUCAGUGCUAUUUUGCACUUUUUAAAACAUUUGAACUUAGAGGCAGAAAUUGUCAGGAUUAGACUCUGAAAACUGCAAAUAUUUGUAAUGACCUAAAAAUAUAACAUACAUUCACUAUACAUUUUAGUCCUCAGAAAAAUCUUCAAUAAGCUAACAUUUUUCUACAUUGAAGGUUAAAUAGUUAAAUAAAAUGUUAAAUAAAGUUAACUAAAAGUGAAAUAAAAUGAGUAAAGUAUAUUUACAGGGCAGAAAACAGUGCACUGAUUAGUUUCAUCUUCCUCUACGUUGACCAAAGUGCUGGAAGGAACACGUACAAUCAAAGACCUCAGCAAACAACAUUGUGUUAAACUCAGAUUCGACAGCGCUGUAGCUGGGGUGCACUUGAAAUGCAUUAGACAGAAAAUUGCAGAUCAUGCUUUCUUAACAAACCAGCAAAGGAAUACAGACCAGGAACUAAAAGGACGUUAUUUUUCAUUUUGUCAUUUCUUAUUUGGCUGACCUUAGAUCAGUUUCUACAACAUGAAUGAAGUGAGAAAUCAAGAGAAACUCAAGUUAAUUCAUAUUUUUAAAACAGGACAUGAUGCAACUGAAAGUGGAGAUGCAGGAGGUUCUCCUGGCCAAGGAGGAGCAGGAAGAAGUGCUGAGAAGGCGAGAGAGGGAGCUCACAGCUUUGAAAGGGGCGCUGAAGGAGGAAGUGGCCGCUCAUGAUCAGGAGGUGGACAAGAUGAAAGAGCAAUAUGAGAAGGAAAUAAGCCGGCUGCAGACGUCUUUAGAGGAGGCGAAGCAGGUAAUCAGCCUCCUGUGUGCAUCUCUUCCAUCUCUCUCUUCUCUUCAUGUGUGUUACUUCUACUCAUUUCCUUCACUCCCUCACUCCCCCAUUUUAUACUCACACUCUGUCACUGAGGAGUUGGGAGAUAAGCGUCACACCAGGGGGGCUGUGACUGUGUUUGUGUGAUUUGCAUUUAAAGUCGUGCCAUGUGUUUUUCAUCAAGGAUUUAAAACUCUGCUCUAAAUCGACAUAAUUUACACCUUUUCACCAGUUUCACAUCUGUGGCACCUGAGUGUCAAAAUACUGAGACUUGGGUUUUAAAACAUGCAGGAUGAUCUGUAUCCAGAAUCAGCUUAGCGCUUAAAAUCACUAACAAUUUAUCUCCCUAAAAAGGGUUUGCAAAAAAAGGAGAGAAAAGACCGCCUUUCUUUGGGUCUUUAUACAACACUUGGAAAAAUGUUGAAAUGAAGAUGUCAACAUAUGAUUUAAAAAACUAGACAUUUAAAAGAUCAGCACUCAUAAACUUGAAAUAAGCAUACAAAUCUUUAGUCCCCUUCAGCAGAAAGGAACUUUUGAUGUCUCAGGGCGACUACUGUGGACACAUAGAUGACAUUUAAUCAGUCAGAUAUGCUAGAUUUGAUGAUUCAGCAUUUAAAGUUCUUCUCAUAGUUCAUUGAACCCCUUCAGGAAUAGAUUUUGAACAUUUGAAGCUUAAAUAGUUUUGCAAAUAUCUGCUGUGUUAGUCAUAACCAGUGAUUCAAUGAUUUCUAUAUUCUUGACUUCCAGACAGACACUCACAUUUAGAGCAUCACAAUCUCAUUUUUUACCAGUUUAGUUCUGCGCUCAUUAUAUUUUUUACUGAAAUAACUUAAGUUGACACACUUGUAAUGGGUUUAGAAACUAACACUGUGAAACAUUUAAAAGUAGCUCAUCAACAUUUUCCAUGGAAAGCCUGCAGAAGCAGUCAAGUGUGGAGGUGUUUGUCUUAUCUCAGUCUUCUCCUCUCGGGAGGGACUUUUACAGGAAAAGGGGUGUUUGAUGAAACAUUUAGAGACACUUAUCAGUGUAUGGAACUGAGGAGUUGCCUUACUGGCAAAGACACUAUUGAAGCUUUGAAGCAACUUUAGAUUAAAGAUCCUAAAUGAACUCUGUUUUUGUUGAGUUAACAAAACCUGAACUGGGCUUACCUAUAGCUUUAAACUGCUGUUUUUCUGCACUAUCAUGAGAGAGUUUACAAAGAUAAAGGAAGACUGGUCAAGAUGAGACAACCAGUGUUGCAAGGCAGUAAAUUUUGAGGACUGAAGACACUUUGUUUUUCAGCAGGUUGCUGUGUGACUCACGUGCGUCCUGUUUGUCUUAAAUAGUGGAAAUAGUCCUUGUUCUAGGCUUCCUGCAGGCUGACGUGGGUCUACAUCCAGCAGUGCUCUGCUGCAGCAGUCUAUGAGAACACUUCCUUUGGUCAAACAGUGGUACUGGUCCCCUGAGGGACCAUGUUGCUGGGGGUUUACCCAAAGCGCUUUGUAAACACUUGGAAAGAUGAGGCCAUUGUUGGUUUCUCUUUAUAGAUUUCUCAUGUUGGGCCUGUUUCUUGAUGUUUUUGAACUGAGGUUCUUUCCACAAAUUUUGACUUCAUGAGACAUCCUUAGCUAAGAAGACCAUCACUCAAUAACCAAUACAUUGAUCCAAUAUCAUCUAAGCAGUUGCUCCAUUUAACCAUAAAGUUUGUGUCUAAAAAAAUGGGCAAGCAGCUGAGAUUUUCUGAUAAAUCAAAAAAAAAAAAAACUGUUAAUUAAAUUAUUUGUAGUCGUAGCUCCAUAAUAUGCAUCUUGAAACCAUGCCAGUGAUAACUUUGGAUGUUAAUUAAGGCUCUUGCUGUAAUACAAAUACUCAGUGUGAUUGGCACAAACACCAAAGCAAAAAGGAAAGAUCUAAAUUAAACCCAAGGCCUUUUGAAGUCCAAAAUGUUCACAGCAUGUGGGUAGCAGGCUGAGCAACUGGCUGUGAGAAAGUCCAACAUUAAAAGGGAAAACCGCUGAUUAUAUCAUGUCCACAUCCACUUUGUGUGAGGGUGUCAGACGGGGAAAAGAGGGCCAAAGUGGACAGCGCAUCCUCUCCCCCCACCUCCAACGUGAGCACUGCGUCCCCUCUUUUGUGUCCCUGACAUUUGCAGUGACCAGCGCAGCCCAUGCAGGGAAGAAUGCAGAAAACUGGAGCACCGAAUCGCUCUGUAUACCAGUUAAUUGUGGUGGCAAGCCAUCACUAAUCUAAUGAGCUGCCGGUCCUGAGUUGUGUCGUGCCCCCACUUCUUUCUGUGCCCUGUGAGGGUGGGGGUAAUUGUGGACCUCAGUUGAUAAUGAAUGAUGAGUUUGUUUCACACAAUAAUAGCAGCGGGGGUUGGGGCAUGCUGAAUAAGUGGGUCAGUGUGCUGUAGAGAAGGGGAUGCGUGGCUGACCCCUUGAAAAGAAAUGGGGGGCCUGUUUUGUGUCUUAAAUUGAAGGCUGCAUUGUUUUUCAAUGAGCCGAAAUGUGAGGAAUUUCAUCAAGAUGGAAAAAGGUUUGUCAUACUUUCUGAGGCAGAUAUGAAUCCUCUUACUUUCGAGAUCUUAAUGUUCUGUAACAAAAGAUGUCUUCACGGUUGGAAGUGGACUUGAUGUUUGGUGUCAGCAUGUGCUGGUAUGCAGAGCAUGUGGAAAGAUGAGGUGCGGUGAGAAAAGGGAAGGUUUGUUUUCAGGAAUGUGGGGGUCAAAGUGGAGAAUGCGCUUCCCUACGGACCUCCUCCUUCACCUAGCUCCAACUCUGUUACAGUCCACCCGCUCUGACCCCGCUGAAGAGACUCAGAUCUUUUCAUUUCUGCCUCUUCAGGGUGCUACAACUGCAUCUCCAUCUCCACUGUGGAUUCUCAGUGGUAGAGGCUUAAAUGGGCCUCAGCUUUCCUUACUGUAAAGACAGUCUUAUCACACCUUUUCCAGCUCUUGUAAUGUUUCACCGACAGCCUGGAGCCACAGUGUGUAACACAGUCACAUUGUUAUCAAGCUCUCAUCUGUAACCUCAAUCCUAAAUUCUGUAUUUUUCAUUUAUUGGCUCCACAGUCUCCACACAAGGCUCUGCAGUGAUCUCCCACUCAGCCAAACACAGUUCAUCCUCUGGCCUGUGUCACUCUGUAUCUCUAUCUGUCUCUUGAGUAAUCUGUACCAGUGUGUGAACUGAAGUCUCACUGUCUGAUCAUCAAACUUCAGUGGCCCAGAGAAGAGUUACCCCUCAGGCUUGUUUUGAAGGUAAAGACUCCUGCAUGAGUCUGCCUGUUUGAUGAUAGCGCUGUAUUUUCCAGCACAGCCGUAGGAGCUGAUUUAGCCAGCGGCUGAAUGGAAGAAGAUGGAGACGUAGGGUGAGAAUUGAGACGGGAAAUGAUGGGAUAAGUUUCUGGUUUCUUACACUGACAGUAAAGAAUGAGCCAUUAAAGUGCGUUAAAUUACAUUUUCAAACAAAUUUGAUGAUAGCAUCAUGGAUGGAUGAAAACUGAAAGAUUCAGUUGAGGUAUAUGAGCACAUUUGAAACCAGCAGCUUUCUUGAUUUUUGUGUUUCUCUCCACCAGCUCACAGCCCAUUAGCACUUUUUUGUUGUGAGCCUCAUCUGCCAAAUAGCUUGUCAGAAAAUACACCCUUCAUUUUGAGAUGAGUUUAUCUUUGGGGUGUUUUCUUGUUCAGUUACGCCACUUUCUCAUUUUUCAUAUUAAGAGUUUUGACAUUCUUUGCCAAACAUUAUGGUCAUUAUCUGGCUUUUGUGAGCAUUUAUAAUGUUUCAACAUGUUUGAUUAAACUGUAUGUUGCUGAAGGGUUUAGGACAUAUGUCUGGAAAGUGUAGGGUGAAGACUUAAUUCUUUAGAAAUGUCUGGCUUGUGUAUUUUGGGUGUUCCUUUCUCUUGCUGCCAGGUUCAGUCAGACCUUGUCUUCUUUGGCCUUGAUAACAAAAAUAGGAGUUUUCUCCCGUCUUUGUUAUUCUGUAAAAGCUUUUCUGGGCUUUUGAUUGAGUUUUGGCACUCUGACACCUCACUCUCAAAGUCUGACUCAAAUCCAACAAACCUAUUUUUUAUUUUAUUUUAUUUUGAUGAAUAUUUUGUGGCUGAUGUGAUUAAACACUACACAUUAGACUUAUCAUGGUCCAAUUUUACACUGAGUAAUGAUGGGAUUCAAAUUUAACUACAAAAAGAAAGUUAAAAUAACCCUGAAGUUUUUUAAACAUUGAACAAAGAGAUGAACAUGAGACCAGAUACUACAGUCUGAUUGAAACUCAUUCCAAAAAACCCACAAACAUGCUUGAUUGCUUUUGGAUACAAAGAUUUGCUGCCUGAACUAUGUGUCUCUGCAGUCAUUGCUGGCACACCCAUUAAAUAUUAAUUACAGCAAACUAUGAAUUCAUAAACUGCUCUGUUAUUCUAGAGAGUAUUGCUACCUACUUCCCAGUUUUUGGUGUGACCUGGCUGCUUUUUGACCCAUUAGAAGUUUAACAAGAGAUUUAUUAUGAAAAAACACAGAAUUAAAUAAUCACCAAAGAUCAACUAAAGAACAAAUUAACAAGUCAGCUACAUCACAAAGAACCAAAACACAAGGAUCCCUAAAAUGAGUUGCAGCAGUUCUCUUCAAAUGCCCCUCCCUAGUGCAGGCAGCUCUUUGGCUUUUUGACACUCAGGAUCAGGUGAGGCUGAUUGUCAAUUAGUCACCUUACCUGGGCAGAGCUAAGGGAGACAAAAGGUGGAAAAAAGACACAAGCAACAUAAAGCAGUAUCACCUGCAUGUAAGUGCACCCUUCAGAAGUCCCAUUAAAACCUCUUCAAGUCAAACACUAAUGCUUAUUUAUAUGAUGAUUGAAGUUGUGGGUGGAGUUGUCAGCAUUUACUGUUUGUGGUAUCAACAGCCAAAUCCAAGAGAGUCAAACUGACACAUCAGGACUGACUCAAGACUUACAGAAAUAACAGAAAAAGAACUUUCUGAAAGGUGGUUAUCUUAAAUAGUUCUGCUUUUUUUGUAUUAAAAACAUCAUUGUCUCUUUGACUGUUUGCACAGCCACCAGUCUUUAAUUUCUCCUUAAAUGCAACCAUCCAUGCAAGCUUGUGCUUUGGCUUUCCGCAGAGGUACUUCGAAAAGUGAGAUUCUGUUUCAUUUCUUUGAGGACAAGACAAGAUUUGGUUACGGCCCCUCUUUGACCAAAGGGAUGCCAACGCUUCUCAGCUGUCAUGAUUUAAUUUCUUCUUCAAUCCUUCCAUUCAGUUCAUGACAGGCUUUUUGUUCCAGCUAACGUCAGCUCUUAGCUCCUUCGCUUAAUGAGGAAAGCUGUUGUAUUUGUAACCCACACUAGCUGCUGGCAAACUAAAUCAGUGCUCAUCAACUGCCAGCAUAAUCCUUUUGUGGAUUUUUCCUUGCGUUAAAGGUUUAAGGUCAGAUAAUGUGAUACCAACCAGGAAAUUACUUAAAGUUUGGAUAAAUGAGAAGUUUUGUAGUUUAACAUAUAGAUAACAAAAAUGCAAUUGCAGCACCUCACAGUGCUGGUUGGGGUGUUUUUGUGUUGUAGACAGACUUAACAAGAAUUAAAAAGGCUUAUUAUGGCCUACCAUGCAUAUUUUAGCAUCUUUGUGAACUCUAAUCGCUUUGUUUAGUCUGAAGUUGUGAGUGCAGGACUUAUUUGUUUGUAUUUCAAUGAGAAGUCAAAUAGCAAUAGGACAAAAAAAACAGUUUGUGGAUUACUGCAGCCUACUUGUUAAAAAAAAUCAUGAAUACAAAUACUUUCCUAGCCUGUAGGUCCAUGAACGUAAGAAGUGGUGGUGGUGUUGGAGUCUAUCCGUGCCUGGUACACAGACAGCAGGUGGGUAAUACAUUGUCCUGUAGAAUCAGUCGUCCUAUCAGCAGGGGAUUACAGAAGUGACUUUGACAUGGAGGUUGCUCUUUAACAACAACUGGUGUCAAAGAGAGACUCAUGCUGUGGUUCAUAGGAAGGAAAUAUAAAUGAGCAGAUAUCCGUGAUAAAUGGAGUCUGAGCAUGAGAUUUGACAGCACAGGAAAGAGGGGCUGGAAAUGUGAGAGCAGCGGAGACUGACAACGGAAACAGAGAGGGAAUUCUCCAGAUAUAGAAAAGUGUUAGAGGAUAUGUAAGAGAAAAUGUCGCCCCUUUGGAAGCUUUGUUUGGUGUCAACUAAACGGUGUGUCAGUGCUGCUGUUUUUGGUUCCUUUUUGGACUUGAAAUCACAGCGAGUGUGUUUUUGCAGCUGCUGCAGCAGGAAGUCAUGGGUUUCAGUACAUCCUGGAGUACCUGAAACUGAGUGCACCAGUGAAACAUUUAGAGAAGGUUUAUCGUAAGCAACUUUAUAAUACAUUUGUAUGGAAUAAUGAUAAUACAUUUGACCUGGUGUGAUAACAAUAACUUUGUGAUAUCAAGCUGCACUGUGAAGUUUCAUCUUUUAUCAUAAUAGAAAAAAAACAUUUUGGAAAUUACCUCCAACGUGUUUGUCAUUAAAAAAAAAAAAAGAUAACAUCAAGAGCAGCUCUAGGAACAGAGGAGGGGGAGAAACAGCAAGUCUUAGCAGCUUGCUUUGUGAAAAAUAUCAUUAUUGAAAGAACCACCUUUCAAAAUACAGUUGCUCUUGAUUCCUUCACAUCCCCACUCUAAGACUCUCUGAGUUGCAGUUAAUAAACUAGUGGCUCGUUGCACAAAUGUGUUUUAAAAGUUAAUAAACAGCUUCAUUAACUGUUAUGGUGUUUGUAAAUUUGUAUAUUAUGUGUCUGAUGAAAGGUUCAAUCUAACCAACCUUGAAAACUGACCUCAGAAUUAUGGAAAAUAACAGCUUCAGGAAUAUGAUCCCUGCACUCUGCUUUGUGGUGGAUUUCUGUGUGUCAGGCUAUAUUUACUUUUGGACAAUCAGCUCUUAUGUUGUGCUGGAAGCUGAUUUAGUAGGAAUAACGAAGAGAGCCAAGAUUUCACCACAGCACAAGACCUGCACAUACUUAACUUUGAGCAUUCGUACCAGGCUUCAAAGACUGCACUGAGUUAAUGUGCAACUGUGGAUAAACAGUUCGAGUACAUGCAAAGACCUAAGUCAAACUUUGAGUUAGGGCUGAGGGGGAAAAAUACUAGAUCUAUGAUACUGCCACAUAUUUCACUGUGAUAUUUAAAGCAACUCACUGAAGUCUGCUUGUGUUGAUUUGUAUUGAAGCAGAUGAUACAGACAAAGAAGAAAAUUAUUGUCUAAGAGCUGGUACAGGGAUAAUUUUGUCUGAGCUAAUCCUUCAGGGGUUGGUAGGUAAUCUUUAGUAAUGCAUUCAAUCAAUUAUUAACUAUUUGAGGUCCUGUAUAAGGACAGAAAUAAAGUACGUGAGAAAUUCAAUAACAAGUAAAUAAGAAACGACUCUCCUUAAAGGUUAUACAAAUACUCUUUAUGCAAAGUGUGUUACUGUCGGUGUUGUUCUUACAAUUUUAAUAAAAGUUAAUCCAUCCAUGAGCAAUUUAAACACUUCACUUCACAGACAUUCACGUGGUCACUCCUUAUUGUCCCCCCCUCCUCUCACAGACACCAGCCGGGUCCCCCCUCUCUACUGGCUGGGUGCCUCUGUCCAUGUUUUUAACUCCUGUGGACCCAGUGUGGGAAGUGGGACAGGCAGAGAAAUGUGAGGGCAGGACUCCCUGUUAAUGUUGUUGAAAAUUAGCACAACUCUGACACAUUUGAUCAAUGGUUUAUUAUUGUAGUGAAAGCUGUGUUUUGCCCCACAUGCUGCUUAACCCCUUUUUUUUCAUUCAUGAGCUUCCAGCCUAAACACAACAGCAUUAUUACCGAUAUAGCCACAUAAGGUACUGGACGUUUUAUAUGAAAGACACUGGGGUCAUUUCAGAUUGAAGGCCAACUAGUGGUAGCUGAGGCCUAUUCAAGAGAUUUGCCAACUAGCGUUAUUAUGUGGGAUUUUAAAGUAAUUUAAAGAAUAUGUAAGAAUAUAUUUAGAAUAUGUGCAAUGAUAUAACUUUGCAUGACUAUUAUAUCACAUCUACAAUGUUUGUAGUUCUAAUUAAAUCUUUGUUAAGACUUAUUAUAUUUGCCUACAUGCUCUCUUUCAUACCUAUUUAUUUUGCUAAUCCUACGACCUUAAAACUGUUGUCACUGCAGAUUUGGUGGUAUUGAUUCUGUUAGGAGUUUCUUGCUCCUUCAACCAAGCAAAGCUACUCGGUGAAGCAGAGAUGAGGGCGGCUCUGUGGUGACAGGAGAAACAGGUCUGACUGGCCUGUCAGCGCCGAGGCAGGGAGGCACCGGCCACCUUUCUAGUACAGGAUGUGCCUUUAUUCAUGCAUGCUGAUGACAAGAUGAACCGACCAAUGAGUGCCUUUCACAUUUGUCACACAGGAAAUUACUCGGGGCAAGUGUGAGAUGAGAGAUUCCAGUUAACUAUGUAAGGAAUUUGUAAAUAAGUUACCCUUUUCAGAUAGUAAAGACUCAAACCUGCAGCACUCAAUAGGUCAUAACUAUCUUGAUUCUUCUCUUCUCCUCCUAAUGCGAUAUAAUUUAAUAAGUUUUCUAAACCAGUUUGAAGUUCAGCUGUUUGCAUCGGUCCAUUUCUUUGUGGCAAAUUUCUUUAGGUUUUCACCAACUUUUUCGACCUUAUUUACACCUCGAGCAUUCAAAUCAAUAGAUUUAUACCUGCUCCUGUUUAACUGUGAAUCUGUAAAAACUUCACUAGUUGUCAUCUAUAUUUCUGUCCACAGGUGCACAAGUGCUGUCAUAACUGAGAGAAACGUGAAAUUGUCAAACCGGUUUCCUAACAUUCCACCUCUGCUUAAAAAAAUCAGCUUUCCAAACAAACUUAAGCAAGUCUGUUGUCUGCUUACACUGUAAUUUUGCUGGAAGGGUGUCCUCAAAACUGAAACCUGUUAUCUGUCAUACUUAUUGAGUCACGUUGUUGUCAGUUUUCUUACUCUCUUGAAGACAUGCAUCUCAAGCUGUCUGUCUCUGGUUCUUUCUCUUCUGCUCAACACUUAGCCCUUAAAUGUCAGAACCAAAGCUCACUAUUUACUCACAAAUUGGGCGUAAGAAAAGCUCCUCUUAACUCUAGCAUCGCUAACUUGAUUGAUAAGAAUAGGUAGUGUUUUCAAGAUGCAUCUAAAACCCAUCUCUAGUUUUAUAGGUUUACAAAGUCUUGUGACAGUAGAGGCUGGCUAAAGUAUGUUUCUCAAUCGGCAUAGGUCAUUGAAAGCCUAGAUUUAAUGGCCUGCAUUUGUGCUGUGUUAUGUGGUGUGAAAGAACCAAAGGGGGACAAUGUUAUUCUGUUUCUCCAGUGAGAAACUGAGCACUUGAAACAGCUUUUUGUUGCACGAGGUCCUUAAAAGAAAUCUCAAAUGCUCAUCGUGCAUCGUUGUCCCUCUCUCUGUUAAGUGUCACAGACUUCUGCCUCCUUUGUGCUGAACACUUCAUGUCUCGUUCUGUUUUGCAGAGCAGCGCAGCAGUGGUCCGUGAAAAGGCUGAAGUGGAGGCAGCCAAGGGUGCCGUGGAGGGUCAAGCAGGACGGCUGACCCAAGAGGCCGAGCGGCUGUCCAGGCGGGCACAGGAGCUUGAAAAUGAGGUGGCCAAACUCAACCGAAUCAUCGAUGAGGCCAAGCUACAGGAGAGCAGGCUGGGGGACAAAGUUGGCCGAUUUGAGGUGAGGGGUUAAGAUCAGACCAAAAAGUUAUGCUAGGUUUUUUAUAAAUCUAUCGUGUUUCUACACUGCCUGUUAAACAUAUUAUCAGAGAUGAAGUCUUAAAUUUUCACUUAUCAGAGGGAAAAGAAACAUCUGGAAGAGUCUCUGGCUGAAAUUAAAGAGCAAGAAGAGGAGAUGUCACGUGCCAAUCGAGCACUGACUGUCCGAUUGGAAGAUGUACAGGUGAGAAAAGCAACACCGCUUCACACAAUGUGGAGAGAAAUGUGGAUCGAUAUCACGGGCAAAGUUUUAUAUCUUUAGUUUUUGUCCUUUUGUAGAGAAACUUUACUAAACUGAGCAGUGAACACAAGCAGCUGGAGGAGAGCCUGCUUGAAGAGAGGGCUCAGAAGGAGCAGUUCAAGAACAUGAAGAAUGACAUUGAGGACGAAAGGAGGUUGCUGGACCGUACAGUGGAGAAACUCCAGAGGGAGGUGGGUGUAUUUGAGUCUGUAGCGCACACACACACACACACACACACACACACACACACACACACACACACACACACACACACACACACACACACAAAGCUAAGAGCAGACAUUACAUAGGCCAGAUACAGAUGGAUGGUAACAUCCAUUCAGUCAUUUAUCAAUAAGUUUGAGUUAUUUGCUGUUAAAUACAAAAUUCCAAAUUACAAGAUCGCAUGAACACAAUUAGAAGCAAUUAUACGCAACAUCAGAGAAAUUCAAAAUUACAGUUUUAAAUUGACCCAAAGGCACCAAAGUGUGAAGUUUAAAUGUUUGUUGUAAAGUAUUUCAUGUGAAUGCAGCAGAAUAACUAAAGGCCAUUCUUCCAAAUGUGGAGUUUGUCUGUGGGAUGUUGAGCACCAGUUAGUCAGUCACAAGAACAUGUUGAAUAUAUUGAUACUUCAGGCAAUUUACCAAUGAAGGCCUUAUAGAUAAACAAGAACCAAUGCCUGUCAUGUCGUUCUGUUAGAGAUGCCCAGUCCACCUUCCCAUAUAUAACACAAUGAUGAGUGGAGUAACCAUAACCUGUGAUGAAUCUGAGGGCUGAAUGAUCAAUGAAAUUCAGAGGCAGAGGAAUUUCUAUAAACAACAUCACCAUAAUCUAAAAUAGACUUAAAAAAAUUGCCUCAAUCAUUUGUUUUCUUACUUUUGUUUCUGUAGAGGAAUCCAAUUUUUUGGCAAGAGAAAACUAGAAGAUAAAAAUAUGAUCACUCACAUAAAAAGAAAGUUUAUUUUUGCAACAUCGAACACAGCAAGGGUAUUUGUUUUUUUCUUCUUGGGGGUACUGUAAGGAUCACUAUGUGAUACGCAGCAUGUGUGUUUCUCACGUUUCUCUCUUUCUUCUGCCCGUCCAUCUCACUGUGCCUGCAGAUGAAUGAUAUUGUAGAUGCAUCCCAGUUGUCCACUCGGGAGCUGCAGGAGCAAAUUGAUAUUUACAAAGAGAAGAACCGCAGGGAGCUGAUGGAGCUGCAGAAACUCCUGAAGGAGCGAGGACAAGAGCUUGAGAAGUACCUGCUGGUCACCAAAACCCUUCAAGAAGAGGUACAGUCAGUCACGUCAGACUGAUCUAACGGUUACUGAUCUGAGCGCUGAGAAUACUUGCAUGGGGAGAGAGGAGUUCAAAUCAAAGCCUCCUUAUUAGGCGGCCUGGCCAAGCCCUCCCAAGCAAAGCAGCAGAUGAUGAGCCAUUGUUCUGCCUGAGUUUGACCCCUCCCUCAAUAUCAUCCUCUGCUUUCUGAGCAUAGUGUCACCACUUAGGUAUUUCUGCUCUGCUGUGCAAACACAAAAACAGUAUUCAAGUAAGAAUAAGCCUCGUUUCUUUCCUAGAAGUGCUGUUGAACUCUCAGACUUAUGGUUAAAAUAGAAAUAUCAAGAGGCACCGCAACCCACAGUGAUGAUGGGGAAACUAGUGAUUAUGCCACAUAGUUAACACUCAGACAAUUGAAAUCAAAACACUUGUUAGUGCUUUGGAAUGUGAAGAAUGUUGUUUGUUUGAUUAAGAACUAAAAGAUCAUGAAUACAUUAUGUUAAACAAAUGGCAGCAAAUGUCGUUUUAUGUAUCUAUCAAACAUUUAUAUAAGAAGGUAGGGCUGUUGAGAGUGUAUGAACAGUGACCAAACAAAAUCAUUUUUAUAAAGUACCAAGUUACAGAGUGCACAAACUUCAGCAGAUGAACAUGAUGUUUGAAUACCCUCUUCAGAUGACAAUGGUAACCUUUGAAGCUUCAUUCCUCUCUUCUCUGAGGUGAUUUAUAACCAAACGGAAUAUUUCUGCCAACUCCUCACCGAAGUUGUUCCCUGCAAAAUAUCUGUCAGCUGCUGUUCGCUUACUUGACUCGAUUAUAAUGUUUACAAUGAAUAGAAACAUAUCUCUUUUUAUUUUAAGUGGGUGAUGUUUCACAUAUAAGAAAAAAACAGUAAAGAAAAGAAAGCAGAUCAAAGAUCUUGAGAAUGGGUUUGUGUGUCUUUAUAGAAGUAUGGAAAUACAUUCAGUAUGUCUUCAGGCCUCCGGGAUCCAAACAGUGUACCCAAACUCAGAUUGCGUAAACAACACUGUGUCUGUUUAUAAUGAAAUCUCAGCUGGAUGCUUUUUUAACAGAGCUUUGACAUGCCAUGCCCCCAUUUCAACUCCUCUUAGGCAGAAAAAAUAGAGUAUUUUUGAUAUUUUCUUAAACUUUCUACUCUCAGCCUUUGUUUCGCUGAUAGGUUAUUCUGCUUUAGUUGACUCUGAUUCGAUUUUUCAGCUCUACUUGUUCUUGUAUGUGAAGUGUGCUGUACAUGUAAGGACAAGGCCAGCAUCUCUUUUUCCCCCUGUCUCCAUCCAUGCUGAUGUAUCUCUGUCCAGCUGAUGCACAGGAAGUGGAGGAUGUCAGUGUUGUGAUAUCAUUGUUGUUAAAGCUGUGCAGGCAGGAUGCACAUCCUCCACAUCCUCCGCCACCUCUGAAAGAAGCUUGAAGCUCAGGACUCUGCCUUUACUUAGUCCACUUUUCCAGCUGCUCUCAAAUGCAUCUCCACCCAUAAGACUUGGCAAGACAUGACUAAUAGAAGAAGUGUGGGCUGCACACCAUCUUCUCUGCAAAACUCUUUCUUUUCAACAGACUCUUGGCCAAGAAAGAAGCGUAAAAAUAGCUGGGUUCAACCCCCAAAACUGCCUCAUUAAUAUUCAUAUACAAGCAUUUUUUAUUUAUUCCCUCAUUUUCUUAUAGCAGUUUAUGGUCUGAGAGGAGAUGCGUGAUUAUCCCAUUACACCCAUUACUAAGUCGUUGUGUGCUAAGCUGUGUCUCCAUGACUUAAAUUAGGUCUUACUUAAGUAUUUACAUGAUAAAAUAUGGAACAGUCCCGCGCUAAUUGCCAAAUAUUUGUCCUGGAUGAGAAAUAAGUAUAGGUGAUGGAUUUUCAUUGUCUUUGCAUAAAAGCAGCAGGGGCAGUUUUCCAGCUGUGGGGGGCACUGCUGCUGAAUGCACACAGGGGAAAACAAUAGCUGUACCUGUAUCAUUAUUCAUCAGGGGCCCCAUUUCCAAAUUUCCAUAAACAGAAACUAAGUAGUUGAUCAUCACCACAGCAGUAACAAGCAAGUAGCCGAAUAGAAGAGGGAGAUGAACCAAGGUCAGAGAGGAUGGGUGUAGUCCUAGCCCACUGUAGGAACGACAAGCUGAGGGACCUUUUAUGAGACCAUCAAACGUAGGUAAAUAUUGUCUUUAAAUAUCUUCUUUAAGAGGUGAUGUUUAACAUGUUGAAAUGUUUUUUUAGUUAUCACUUCGGGAGGAGGACCUGCGGCAUUGUGAGAAACAACGAGACGACGCUGUGCACAGGGGGAAGAUGCUUGAGAGAAAGGUUCAAGACCUGGAGUUGGAGGUUGAGACAAAGGCCUGUGCUAAAGAGGACAAAUCUCGACAGAUGAAGCUCAUGGAGGUAUAAAAAAAUGUCAAAGUCACUGAUAAAUUCAAGGUGAAAACAUAAAGACAGAUCCUUUCAGUCAACCACCAAGAGUACCUCAACACCUGGUGUCACCUUCAUCAUCAACGGUUUAAAUGUAGACAGCUGGUGUAACUGGGAUUGUAACUUCUUGGUUAUGCAGGACAGGCUUGCCCAACUGGAGCUGGACCUAGACGAAGAGCGUCAGGGUGGAGACCAGCUGAUGGACAGGAUAGACCGAGGGAGAGAGCAGGUACACGAUACAUCCACAUCCACAGCCACACACACACACAUACAUACAUACAUAAACUCAUCACAUUCUCAUUAUCAGUGUCAGUAACUCAAUGUCCAUGAUGUUCACUUUAGUUGACACAGAAGAGUCUCUUGUUCCAUCUCAACCUGUAAAUGAUAUCCAGACCUCCUGUUACUCUGUCUUCCACCUCUAACAUCACUCACCUCUGAAUGAAACAAACAUGUGAGCUCAAAAAACACUAUCUUGGCUUUAAAUUAAGUCCCAAAGGGAUCAGUCCUGUCACCGUCUGUGUUUCUGUGGUGAAAAUUAAGUGGACGGGUUAUUGCUUUGCAAGAUGAUCUUGCAUUAUCAUUCAGUUUGGCCACCGGCCAGCGUGGUCUAAGAGUGUCCAUCCAAUUUUCAUGCAUCAGCCACAAAAGACCCUUCUUAAUGCAGUGGCUGAGCCAAAAUAUGCAAGCUGCCAAAUGUCUCAAGUUUUUAGGGUGUGGAGUUCACUUGGAAAUGACUCUCAGUAACUUCAUCUUAAGAACAGAUGCAGUGCUUGUGCUGGAAGUUAGUUUUUAUACCCUUGCAAAUAAAUGUUCCAGUUUUCCUUCCUCCCUGAUAAAGCUGCUGACAGAGGCACUGUGGAGAAAGAUUUAGAUAAAGUACGACUACUUUAAGAAUUGUUGUUGGUUCGUGGAAGAGUGCUUACUAAUCAGAGAGAGGAUGUUGAUUCUGGUGUUUCUGAAAUAACACUGCUGCAUUGCAAACCCUUCAGAUUUUAUACGUAUGUUCCUGCCUUACAACUCCUCUAAAUUGAAUAUGAAAGGAUGAGAUCUGUCAGACUUGGCCUGGUUACAGGUUCCUCUUAGUCUAAACUGACACAGAUUCAAAGGUUGUGACUGAAAUUUGAAAUAAAUGUGCGUAGCGACAUCAAGAGAGGCUUAGUGUGGUUGAGUCGAGUAUUUAAAUCUCCUUAAAUGGUUUCCCUUUUAAAAAAUUCCUGGCAGCGAGAAAAGAGUGGCAUUGUGACAAAGUGGCAUUGGUUCAGCAUGAGGCUGAGGUCGGUCACCAAGGCAACACCCGAGCUUUGUGCAGUCAGAGUGGAGUAGGUUGAAUGUUCGUGCUGUGUGUGUGUGUGUGUGUGUGUGUGCUCUAAUGUCUGUUGGGAGGAGGAGGGGGAGGGAGGGUUGGGGUGUAUGGCUAUGAGGUGGAGGGGUGGUGGGGUUGCAGCAGAGGCAGCAGGAAGAACACCUGCGUCUCUCCUGGCACCAGGUGCUCCUCUCCUGUCUAAAUGAGAGUAAUCUCUCCUCCUCUCUCCCGCUGUCUCUCACAAAGCAGAUUAGUUUCGCUGUAUGUUCCAGUCUGCUGAUUCAGCUCCCUCAAGCACUGCGCCGGGUGCACCAGUUAUAGAGGCCAUCGUUCAUCAGAGCAGCCCACUGUCACACACUAAUUGGCAUAAAAUAUCACCAAUUCUGAGCUCCUUUCACAAAGAAAGAACCAUCACCGCUGUAUCGAUCAGUUUUCAUCCUCCUCUUUGAACUUGGCUCUCCCUCAACACUCAUGUUGGUGCAAUGGGGCUUUGCUGUGCUAAAGUCGUGUUCACUGACUGAGAGGCUGGACUCUUACAAAAUAUUAAUAUGAGAGGAAGAGUUUGAGAUGUUGACUGUCGUUUUACUGCAGAGCUACUUAGAAGGUCCAUCAAUAUGUCAUGUCUAUACUUUGAAUAUAAAGCUAAAAGCUGGUGAUCAGAACCUAAAAUAGACUAAACAUCUGCAGGGAUUACUGUAUUUAUUUAUAAUAAACGAGAGAUAUUUCCUAAAUCAAACAUCAGAGGAGCAGAAAAAAUAAAACAAUAUGCCAUCAUUCAGUCAACAUCAUACAGUCACAAAUAAUACAAGUGUUUUCAAGUUUCAAAGUAAUAUUUGUGUAAUUCGCUGUCAUCCUCAGUAUUUGUACUUUGAUUCCUCCUACCUAAUGUCACAGUGAGUCAAAAGUCAGAAGAGGAAUGCAGCCAGACUCGGUAAUCCAGUUCACCAAUUAACCGUGGCCCUCUCAGCAUUAACUCCUCUAUUGUUCAGCUUUUUGACUCACCGACUCUGCGGCGGUUUUUUUGCCAUGUGUGAGACUCAGACAGUGUCUGAUAAUAAUUGUCAUCAGACUGUGUAGCAAUGACAGUGUCUGGACUCGGUUUGACAGGUGGAGCAGAUGAGGAAUGAACUCCUGCAGGAGAGGGCUAGCAGACAGGACCUGGAGUGUGACAAGAUGGCUCUGGAGAGACAGGUACACACUCACCUGUCUGCAGGAAAACAACUACACACUGUGUCGCUCUACAAGCUCAGAGCAAAGCAACAACUCAAUUCAUUCAUAUGUCUUUUCAUCUUUUCAUUUGAUCGUGUCCAUCCCAAUUCCACUUUCUCGUUUUGGUUGCUGAUGUCUUAUUGUUGCACAUUUUUUACACCCAGUUGCCUCAAUUUCCCUCUAUUUGUGACACAACAGAACAAAGACCUGAAGAGCAGAGUGUCUCAUCUCGAGGGUUCCCACAAGCCCAACAAGGACGGCCUCGUAGCUCAGCUGGAGGAUCGCAUCCAGGAGCUGGAAGAGAGGCUGGAGGGGGAGGAGAGGUGAGAUAAAGACUCCUACUGAGAAAAGGAAGAGAAGUUCUGUGUUUCAAGUGAUGGAGGGAUGAAGCUGUAGGGAGCAAGUUAGAAUUUAAACUUUUACACUGAUGGGAUUCGGCACAAUAUUUGAAAUGAUGUUGCAGAAACAAUGUUGAUGUUGUUUAAAUUAAAGCUUGGUGACUUUAAUUCCUUCUCAGAAGAGUCCUUUAAGUUUAUUUUCAGCAUUUUAUUCUUAAAGUGAAAAUAUACAGUCAAGUAUACCAUAUGUAUGAGGUUGCAUGAUGCUGCUUGUGUUUUAGGGAGCGUGCCAACCUGCAGCUAGUGAACCGCAGGCUGGAGAGGAAGGUGAAAGAGAUGAUGAUGCAAACUGAGGAAGAGCAAAACUCAAUGCAAGACCAAAAGGACCAAGUAUGUGACAAACCAUCAGUCAUUGAUUACAAACUUUGUGUUAAGUAAAUGAUUUUGCAUCCCUCAGGCAUAUAUACUCACUACAUUUGUGGGUUGAUGUUUAAAUCUCUCUGACUUGUUGCAUAUUUUUCUGUCUUUUUUAAGUUGAAUCUGCGUCUGAAGGCAUUGAAGCGGCAGAUGGAUGAGGCUGAGGAGGAGAUCGACAGACUGGAACACGGCAAGAAGAAACUGCAGAGAGACCUGGACGAGCAAGUGGAGGCCAAUGAUCAGCUCCAGAGUCAGCUCAAAGCUCUGCGCAGCGAGAUCAGGUACACAACGAUGUCCGGUUCCUCACUUUAUCAUCUAUAACAAACAAAUCAAUGAUUCAAAUGAGAAAAGGUUUAGAGAUGAUGCACAGACAUCCUCAGAGUUACAUCACUCUUCUCAUGCAGGCGAAAGAGCAACUCGGCGCCUCUGCUCAACAAUCUGCACAAUGACGACGAUGAUGACGACGACAUCAGCACCGAUGGGGAGACAUAUUUCAGCUCAUCCUCAGGCUACAAGCGAUCCUCGAGUCAGGACAACAUAUUGUCAACCCUCACUCUGUAA